AUGAGAGGCUGGGUGUGCGUGACCCCGGAUGCCACACCUGCGGAGGAGCCUGGCCAGCCUGACCGGGAGAAGCGUGGUGGCUGUCGGCUGAUUCAGAGCUGCUAUUCCCUGAGCGUGUCUGCAGUUGUGAACACAGCCGGGUUCCCCCUCAUGCUCUCGCCCCCACUUGAGGUGCCCGAGGCACCUCCCCCUCCCCCGAGGGACAGCAGCCCAGAGACCCUGCGCCUGGAAGGAGGAGGCCCAAGGUCAGACCGGACAGCUGUUGGGCCUCUGCUCAGCCUGCUAGGAGCCAUCCAGUGUCCUGACCCCACGGACGAAGACCUUCAAGAGGGGGCCUUCGGGGCAGCUCUCUGUGAGCUGGCACGUUUGUCCCUUGCUGUUCUCAAGGAUAAAAGUUUAGCACCCCGAGUUGGAUUGGAAGCAGGGCUUCUUCUCGGCCCCUCCAGCAUCGUCUGUGUGAGGCAGCACCUGGGCUGUGCUGACGUGGAAGUGCACUAG